CGGGGGGCGCGGGGCCGGCCGGGCUGACGCUUCCGCUCGGGGCCGCGUGGAAAUUUCCGCGGACGCGGCGCGGCGCGGCGCGGGGAGCGCGUGGGGCGGGCGCGGAGCUGCCCCGGGCGCCGCGGCGCGGGAGGGAGGCGGGCGCGGCGGCCAAGGGCGCGGGAGCGUCCCUGGACGCGGACCGGGAGAUGCGCGCCCCGGAGUCCAGGCCGGGCUGAGCCGCCGAGCCCGCCCCGGCCCCGCUCCCCGACGCCGACCCCCGCGGCCGCCGCACCCCCAGACACUUCUCCGAGGCGAGCCCCGGGAAAAGUUGCUGCAAAGAUUUUCUCACGCGGACCGCCGGAGCCCUGGAGGCCGAGGGAGCGAGCGCGCGAGCCCGGGCGAGCGGGGGGAAGGUGUGUGUGCAUGGGGGGCCGGCCGUGGGGGCCCCGGGACUGUGCUGAGACUCUGGCCGCGCCUCCCCGCCCGGGACCCCCGGGGUGGCGAUGAGCCCCUGUGGGCGGGCCUGGCGACACCAGUCCAGAGGUGCCAUGGCAGUGCUGACGUGGAAGUGGCCCCGGACCCGGCUGCCCGUGGGCGCCAGUGCCCUCUGCGUCGUGGUGCUCUGCUGGCUCUACAUCUUCCCGGUCUACCGGCUGCCCGACGAGAAGGAGAUCGUGCGCGGGGUGCUGCACCAGGGCACUGCGUGGCGGAGGAACCAGACGGCCGCCAGGGUCUUCAGGAAACAGAUGGAGGACUGCUGCGACCCCGCCCAUCUCUUUGCUAUGACUAAAACGAAUUCCCCCAUGGGGAAGAGCAUGUGGUACGAUGGGGAGUUUUUGUACUCAUUCACCAUUGACAAUUCAACCUAUUCUCUCUUCCCGCAGGCAACCCCAUUCCAGCUGCCCUUGAAGAAAUGCGCCGUGGUGGGGAAUGGUGGGAUUCUGAAGAACAGUGGCUGUGGCCGGCAAAUAGAUGAAGCUGAUUUUGUCAUGCGAUGUAAUCUCCCGCCCUUGUCAAGUGAAUACACCAAAGAUGUUGGAUCCAAAAGUCACUUAGUGACGGCUAACCCCAGCAUAAUUCGACAAAGGUUUCAGAACUUGCUGUGGUCCAGAAAGACAUUUGUGGACAACAUGAAAAUUUAUAACCACAGUUACAUCUACAUGCCUGCCUUUUCCAUGAAGACAGGAACAGAGCCAUCCCUCCGGGUUUAUUAUACACUGUCAGAUGUUGGUGCCAAUCAAACAGUGCUGUUCGCCAACCCCAACUUUUUGCGUAGCAUCGGAAAGUUCUGGAAGAAUAGGGGGAUCCAUGCCAAGCGCCUGUCCACAGGACUCUUCCUGGUGAGCGCCGCCCUGGGCCUCUGCGAAGACGUGGCCAUCUACGGCUUCUGGCCCUUCUCCGUGAACAUGCUGGAGCAGCCCAUCAGCCACCACUACUACGAUAAUGUCCUGCCCUUCUCUGGCUUCCACGCCAUGCCGGAGGAGUUCCUCCAGCUCUGGUACCUUCAUAAAAUCGGUGCGCUGCGGAUGCAGCUUGAUCCGUGUGGGGACGCCUCGCUCCAGCCCGCUUCCUAGGGGUGAGACGGGAGAAGAGAGAACUGAGCCAGGAUAUUUUUGUUAGAUUUUCUACAGGAGUCCAAAGGAGACGGUCAAGUUGCUUCAUGGAUUGACAUGGGCCACUUGAAAAAAACAAAAUCAAAGAAAAUUCCAAGGGAAACUCUGCUUUUCACGUUGGCUUGGAGAACAAGCAAGAAAUGCAGCAGCCUAAGAAAUAUUUUAUAAAACAUUGACGUUCUAGCCAGUAAAAUGCUGAUGAAAUGAUGAUGGUAAAGGUUUACAUGGUUCGGAUCUAGAAGGUGCCAUUUGUAAGCAGGAUGGAACUCUGGUGGUUGUACCUGAGGGACUAAUCCAAGUAGGGAAUGACAGGAAAUGCCAGUGCUAGGUAAAAUGUAUUUUGAUCAUCAACACAAACUGGAUUAAAUUUGUUUUUUUAAAAACUGUCUUACUAAGACUGGCAAUAGAACCAUAGGUUUAAAAAAAUAUAUACUUAUUUUUGCCCUAUUUAGGGGCAGUGAGUAUGCGAUGGGAUAGAUUUUUAAAAUCCCUUACAGAAUAAUAUGAAUACAAAAUGCUAUGGCUGAUCAUUGUGAUUUGUUGAGCCACGUCGAUGUUAUCUAUAGUCCCCUCCUCCCUACCUGUUAAAUAAGAAUUGCUUCCCCCCCUUCUGUCAAGUCCCCUUAGAUAAUGUGAAACAUUGUUGAAUUUAGAUUGUGUUGAUUCUUAGUCUGGAUAACAUGAGCCACUUUCCUUCUCUUCAUGAUUUAGGACAUAAACUCAGUUCAGAUCUGCAUUAGGUAAAGCCUAUUUGCAUUAUUAUUUUAGUGCAAAAAAAAAAAGAUUACACGCGUGAGUGUAUCAUCACUUUUGCAAAUUGGCAUAAUUGUCUUCAUGAUCAAAUGUCGAGAUGAAGUAAAAGCACAAUGUCACCGAGUUUAGUCUGGAAGGCAGUCUGGAAGACAUCUCCGUUCUGCCUAGCCUGGUUUCUUCCCUCCAUGAGGAAGCAUGUGCCUGCACAUGUGUAAGCAGAGACAUCUCCACAAAGCUCGUUCCCGUGCAAGUGUAAGAGCUGAACGCAUAUGACCUGCUUUAGUAAAACUCUGCAGCCAGUGUUGAGAGCUUACAGGUGCAUUAUGUGCUCUCUGCUCCACCUCAGUAUAAACCAGCCCAGCUUUCUGCUCGUAACGCCCAUACCAGCAUGUGCCGAGAGCCUUUCCCUGCGGCAGCUUCCCCAGAAUGAUUAGAAUUGCUUGAUUCAUUUUGACCCCCGCUAGUUUUUUGAACGGACUCUGUGUUGACCCGUAGAUCACGCAGACCUGGUGUGUACAAGUCAGGGCACUUGAUCUAGUUGCUGGACACCUUCUCAGUGGGAGUGAAGUGACUUAGGAACAUUGUGACAUCAGCCUCGAGUCACUGCAAGAACGUGACGGACAGGAACUAGAAGCAGCCCCGUGUGAUCACGUGGAAGGGAAAGCGAGGGGGAGCGAUGAUUCUCCUUGUGCCUAGAAGAUGCCUGAGGUUCCAUGGAGGUUCUAGAAUUCUCCCCGUUUAUUAAAUAUGACCGAGUAGAGGGAAACUGUACCCAGAAGUUCAGCUUCAUUAAUCCCCCCAAUUGUAGAAGCUUAAUAUACCAUGUACAUUAAAGUAAGUCUAAUUUUGUGGUGGGUUAACUUUAAAAAAAAUCAAAUCCGUGAAAGCUGACAGUUCAGUGAGCUCCACAAGAAGAUUCAGGUUCAGUCCCUGACAAGACGAGGACCCCAACACUGCUGCAGUGGGACCCAGAAACGGAAUUGUGUGGCGGGACGGGGAUCAAGAUAACAAAACCUUUGGGGGAAAGUAUGCACUGUUGAAGAGACCGUUUCUAAGGUUGGGUAUUGAGAUAACUGUAUAAAUCAGCAGUUAAAUUGACUCAACAUGCAUCAUAUUGGCAAUUAGAAAGUUUAGAAUUUGAGAACAUCAGUUCUGUGCAGAACUGAUUUGCUGUUUGGAUUCAAUAUGGCAGCAAAAACGUCAUGAGAGUGUCAUGUGAGUGAGCUGGGUGAAAGACCAUGAACUCAGCCCUGGAUAUAUUUUCUCUUUUGAGCAGUCGUUAUUUAGAACUUAUCUGUACAAAGGAAAAAAAUAUUUUUUCCCCUACACUUAAGCAAAAAUGGAAAAGAAUAGUCAAAAACCUACAGUGUUAAUAAAAAGUGUCCCUCAGGUUAGUCUUCUAAUUGCCAAAUUUGUUCAAAUGUAGUUCAAGAGCUCCAUAAACCUCAAGCCCUGCAAUUCCGUUGACAGUGAUAUCUGGAAUUGUUUUCUUGUUAAUUCCAGGGAUUGAUCUACCCAAAGUAUUUGUACAAUGUUUAGUCUGUAAAUUUGUGAUUUCUAACAGACAGUUCAGAAAUUCCCCCAAUUAAUGUUGAUUAAUCCAGUGAUUUUCAACUAGGAUGGUCCCCUCCCCUCUCCUGGUGUCAUCCGGCAAUGUCUGGAGACAUUUUUAUUAGCACGAUGUGGAGGAUGCUACUAGUAUCCGUGGGUGGGGACCAGGGAUCCGUGAAGCAUUCAGUUACGCACAGGGUCAGCAGCUGCAGCAUCACUGGAGCCAAGGGGGAGACGCCCUAAGUAACACCGAGUGACACUGGGGCGGUGCCAGUUAUCUCUUCUUACAUAUGUCUCUGCCAUAUGACGGCAGUUGAUAAGGAUGUUGCCUUAGCACCUGGCGGUAUAUUGUAGGAACAACACCUCUGUCUGCGGCUAGAUAAAUAAAUGGACGUGAACAUAGGUGUGGGCUGUGUGCUGUGUGUGGAGCAUCUAUUCUCACACAGGUAUUGUUGAUCCUCUAAGAGCAUGCAGGAAUGCUUGGAUUUUUAAAUUUUGUUUUGUUUGGGGUUUGGGGUCACACCCAGCAGUGCUCAGGGCUUACUCCUGGCUCUGCACUGAGGAGUCACUCCUGGUGGUGCUCAGGAGGCCAUAGGGAUGCCGGGGAUCGAACCUGGUUCAGCUGCGAGCAAGGCAAAGACCUUGCCUUACCUGCUGUACUGUCUCUCCAGCCCCUCCAAUUUUUUUUUUAAUUAGUCAAACACUUUACUGAAGUUGUUAGAGAUACUUUCAAGUAUAAAUUCCUAUCCGUAACAUUCUUGUCAGCAACUAUGCUCAUUUUAUUGUUCCAUUACUUACAACCUCCUCUCGGAAAAAAAAAAAAAAAAACAGUACUCAUUCAUGUUUUAAAAAACUGGCUUUGAGAAAUAGCAACAAACCCUUGUUAGGAGAAACCUCAGAGGAAAUUAAGUCAGGACUCGCGGGACGUGACAGGAAAUCCCGCCGUGGCCGUGACCACAGCCAGCAGUGCUCAGGGGCUCCUCGGUGGGGGCAUGGUCUCCAGGCCUCACACAUGCAAGGCCUGUUCUCUCCCACAGAGCCACAUGCGCGGCCCUAGAAAACUUACUGUGUUGUGUAAAAAAAAACAAAUGUUCCCACAGAACUCGUAGUAUCUGCUCUGUAAAGCUCCACAGAAGUGGCAGGAAGUUCUCUGGGAAGCUGAGGACGAGCUCGCGCAGGAAUAGGUGUGAGACCUGGGCUGUGGGUGGGGCCGGGCAGUCGCCCCAGCUGGGCCCAGGGAUCUGUGGAACAUUCCAUCCCGCACGGCUUGGGUCAGCACCACAGCCGAGACGUGAAGCUCUCCCAGUCGGCCUCGCACGCCUCUCGCCUCCCGGCUUUUUCUUUCUAUGACUGAAGAGUCUGUUGACCCACCUUUCCCGGAGGGUAGGUCAGCGCUCACAUGCCGUGGCCUUGGGUGAGUGCACACUGGAGCCCCCUCAGCCAGCAGCCCCGGCUCUGUCAGAGAGGGGGAGGCCAGUGGAAAGGAGGCUGCCUCAUUCUCGUGUGCUCAGCACAGCUCAGAGAAGCCCCUGCUCGCGACCUGAGCAUCCGGGCACGGACCUGGCACUGACCACAGGGCAUUUGCAAGAGCAGCGUCACAUUGUGUACUGCCUUAAACCCUUUUGUUUCGGUGUGGACUUAGAUCUGGGUGUCCUGUGUCAGAGGUCUGUUCCCUCACAUAAUUAUCAUCCUCAGGGGUCUGUGUUCUGAAAAGUGGAGCUUUUCCCCGUGCACCGAGGUUUCCUGAGUCUUUAAAUCUAGGGAGAUAGCAAGUAGCCACCGAUUCCUCUAUGGCUUCCUUGAAACCCCUGGAGAGUCACCUGAAGGAAUCCUGAAGCCUUGAGUCUGUAAACUCCUAGGUAAGGGGCCCACUAUAUUUGGGUUAAACCCUGCAAUUUUUGUAUUUCAUAAAUGGCAGGAGAUUUCUAUGAAUAUACAAUUGCUGUAGCCCUUUUUCUUCCUCACACACACACACACACACACACACACACACACACACACACACACACUACGAUUGGAUUUACCCACUGCCUACGCUUGGAUUUUGAAUUUCUAAAAUACAUCCCAGAGGUGAGAGAUUGAAUGAGCUUCUGGGAAUGGGAAACUCACUCAAACAGCACAGUUUCUGCUUAUCACUGCAGUAAGGAAAAAACAAAACUACGGGCUUCCAUUUCCUUCUCAUUUCCUUCCUUCUGGUGCCAACAUUCUGACUUCACUCUCUGACAAAUAAGGAACACAUAAUUUAUUGUAAAUUGACUUAUAAUUACCAGUGGAUGUUCAUGGGCAGAAAUGGGAGUCAUAUUUCACUGAGGGUCACACAUUUACCUCCUUUCUCUUAUUGAUUGCUAUGUUGCGCUAAAAAUCCUUUCUCAUCCUGUUCUGAAGCUGUGGCCUAAAAACCGAUGAUGCAAAGCUAUCUAGAAGUUUUAUUGUAUAAUAUCCAGAUGUAUUGAUUAAGUCUCUUAUUGCGCCAGGAUAAUGGGAUUUUCUGCAGAUAUUUGAAGAGCAUUUGCUUCACAUGAUAUCAAUAAACAUACAAAAUAGGUGAUGCUCCCCAGAGCAGAGCCAAAUCAGGAGAUUGUCUGAAAAUAGAUACGUCUGUUUUCCCCUGCAAAAGUCAGAGGAAUAACGAAUUGUCACUCAGUGGGGCAGGAAAUGUUUGUGGGCACUAAGAUUUAGCCAAACUGCAAAGAAGGGAGAUCAAAGCAGGCCUUUAACGGGGCAGGACUGCUGGGAGGAUUCUUUGGGAGUCACUCAGAAGAGGACACAGGCCACAUUGUCCUUGAGUGCAGCCCAGAAUAGAAGCUCUUAAAAACACAUGUCAGAGGAAACCAAGAGUCACACAGAUGAUACGGCUAAUGAGGAAAAGACUCGAGAGGAAGUGUAAGGAGCCAGACAGGAAGAAGCUCCAGGAAGCAGAGGAGGCACCUGUUGGCCCUCUGCAGCCUGAUGUGGCCGCGUGAAAGGCUCCCUGCUCCCUCCCUCCCCAGGGGGUGCUUGCCUCGGUGGCGUCUGAGCCUGGACAUGCAGACACAUCUUCUGAGCCCUCCUCUCUCUGCCUUGACACUUACUGCCACAGGAACACCGUUCUGCCAGUCUCCACUUGCAAUGAGGCGGCAGUAGGAAGAAGUGUCAGUUGAGCCUGCUCUUUGUGGCAGGGUCACCAGCUGCUAAGCACGACGAGUCCGCAAGCUCUAGGCUCCUUAUUACGUUGGCUUGGGCGGCCCUCAAUGCGUUUCCCACUGUGUUCCAUCCAGUACACUCAUGCCCACCCCCCUUGUCUUCUGUAUGCCCACUGCAACGGGAAAGAUGUCUGAGCUAGGGGGAGUGCCGUGGCAGAGGGUGCCUUAACUUUUUCUGCCUUGUCUCCUCCUUCCUGCUGUCUUUCUUUUCAUGUCCUCUGUCACUUUGAAGGUGUAUCUGUUCCACGGUGUAUCUUUCUCAUCAGCAGAGCUGUCGGCGUCUCGAGCAUAAGCGUUUUGUUCAAGUGCACACUAGUCUUGGGCCUUGGAAAUAUCUGAUAAAAGUCUGUAAAUACCCUUUGUUGACGUAGUCCAACCUUCUCGCUGAGAGUUCCUUAGGUGAGAACCGCAGGGAGGAUGCCAAGAUUAAGACUGUGUUUUUCCAGCAAAGUCCAGUCUGGGAGGAAACUAGGAAUUGGUUGGUUUCUGUUCCUCAUUGAGAGUCAAGGAUGAGUCCCCAGGGAUUUCUGGGUGUCGGGUCACUAGAUGCCCUCUCCUCAUCUGCACCAUUCACAGUCUGGGUGAUUGGUGAGAGGGGGGUAUAUUCGAAUCAGAGGGCAGAAAACAGGCCAGGGUAGCCUGCUGAAAAGGUUGCUCGUUCUUCACAAGUCUGAACUAUCACUAGCGUUCUGGUCACCACACAGCAUAGGGGAAGCUCCUGGUGUCUCCUUAACUCUGCGCAUAUAUACUCUUUCUCACGCGUGCCAUCUUUUUUCAGGAGCAAAUUUGCAGAGGCUAGAGGAAAGGGAAUCACAGAAGCAAGCAAAUAGUCAUAAGCCUCAUUUUAGAGUCUGACUGCCAGUCCGUGGCAAUGGGGGUUCUGAAAAAAAGGUUUUCCAUCUGACUAUAAAAUUGAAAUCGCCUUUGAAGUGACUUUAUACUAAAAUUCCUCUGUACUGGCAGGAAGUAGAGGGAAAAAUCUGUGCUCUUCACUUCUGCUUUUUUUUUUUUUUGAGAAUUUCAUACAAAAUGUACCAGGUAAAAAGAAAAAGCUAAUUGGUACUUUUCAUAGUGUGACUUGAAAGCCAAUAUCUCUGCCUGUUGCUGAGUUGUUUCUUUCCACAGAGUCUAAAGACAGAGCCGUGAGCAGAGGUUUGCUGUAAAAACAUGUCUUCUUCUUUGGUGUGUUCAUUGUAAUUAUGGCUGGUAGUGAGAAGGUUUCAGUAAGUCUCCAUUUCUACCUCCCUUACUUGGAGUAUAUUUGGAAAUGCACCCUGUCAAUAAAAGGAUUUUUUAAAA